GGCUUCUGUGCCGUAGCUCAAGCACUCAGCUUUUGACGUCCCUAGUUCGAGGCGCAGCUCGACUUCGUGUGGUGUCCUCCCAAAAACCAUGGCUGACCAACCACCGCUAGGAACAAGAGAAGGAUUUUCACGGGAAAGAAGUGGCGAUGUACACGGGCUUCCUGAAUCGAGACUUAGAGAGGAACGAAAGCAGCGACAAGGCCCAGCGUCCGGCGUCCUAAGACCCGGUCAGUAGGUGACCAAGGUCCUCUGUGACUUUUUGGAGGUUGCAGUGAACCACCUACUCUACCUGAGAUCGAUCUAUCCUCCAGAGAUCUUCCACCGGAGCCGCUUUGCGUCUGUUCCUGUGUACUGCAGCAGACACCCAGGCCUCCGUUGUUAUAUUCGGGACGCCAUCAACGAUCUUUCCCCACACAUCGACAAGGGUGUAGUGGAGCGGAUUGAUCUUGCUGUUUUCGCAACAAAUGGAAUGAAGAUCUACGAGAGGAUAGUCUUCGACUUCUCCGUUUUCCCUUCAGCUUCUGCUGCCAGCUCAGCAGCUCAGCAAGACAGCUUGGAGUCCAUUGAGUAUUGCCUGCGCUCUUUCCUCGUCAAAGCGUCUGUUUCAGAGUGCCUCCAGCGACCCCUUCCGCAAGAUUGUGCAUGGGAGCUCAUUGCUCAUUCCAAGCAUCUUCCUUCCGGUCGAAGCUCAAGUGGCCAGUUUUGGAUCCAAGCUGACUCUCCAGAGGGCCACGUGCCCAAUCGGCCAACGCCUGCAGCUGCUGCUGCUCCUGCAUUCGCUUCUGCUGAUACUGUGGGCGCUGCUGGUGCUCUUGGUUCUAGUGUAGAUUGGGGAAGUAGGCAUGUGCAGCAGGCAUUUCGUGGCGCUUCCACGAAGGUGCCUAGAUUGCUUCCGAUCAAGUCGAUGAACACAGGAGCAUUGUCACUACAGCUCUACGUUGAGCGUCCCUGAUAUUCGGUUCGUACAUGAAGCAGUGAAGUGUUUCACUUGUAUUGUAUGUAUAUGUAAUUUGUGGAUUCUGCU